UUUAAAUGUCAAUUCCAAACAAAUUCAGUAGCCAUUUACCUUCGCCUACUUCUAAGAAAGAUCCCACUAUUGAAGUAAAGGAGGAUAACACUUUAAGAGAAGCUGAAAAUAUGCUUGCCUCUCCUUUACGGCAGGAUCAGCCAAUAGCAAGUCCUAAGGAGGAAGAAAUUGAAAGAAUGAUUAAUUCACAAUCUUUAUCGGUAGUUUUUCAGGAUCUAAAUGAUGAGCAACUUGCUAAGUUUAAUAAGAAAAGCCUUGAUGCAAUUGCUGAAGCUCAGUGGGCAGAAAACCGAGGUGCUCUUUCCUCUGAUAGGCAUCAAAACUUUGAUGUACCGUUAAAUGAGAGAAAGGAAGGACUCCAGAAUAAAUCUAUGGCUUCACAACUAACUGAGGAGAAGAAGAGGGAGCAUAUGAAAACAGAUGGAAAUAUUAGAGCUCAAGCUAAUACUCCACACAAGAAACCUUCGAUCUCGAAUAAAUUAGAUUUGAAACUGAAAGCUCCAAUGUCUAAAAAUAAUUCACCGAUCUAUCACUCAGAUCGGAGUCAUCUUAAACUUGCUAAUGAAGGUAACGGCCAGCAAAGAGACAGCUUAAAUAAAUCUCAAGUGAAGAAAGAUAAGCUAUUUUCAGAAGAAGAUCCAUAUGUCAACUCCAAAGAGUAUCAGAUUGGAGAUGGGGUAGAUAACUCUAAGAAUGAUUGGUCUUAUAACGCUACAAAACCUGGCAUUGACAGAUCAGAGUUCUAUAACCCUAACAAUGAUGAUCUCCCUCAUAACCAAUCAAUACUGAACCAGAAUAAUGCUGGCAAGAUCAUAAAGCAGCCUUUAGCCUUGAGGAAUACAGGGGAUAGAUUUCAGAACGAAAUAGAUAACCGAGAAACAGGUUAUGGAGAGACCCAUAACUUCCAAACUAAGCAUGCUGAUCAUGAAAUAAGGGAGUUGGAAGAUCUGAAGCAAACAAAAUUUGAACUUCCUCGGAACAAUUCUGAUAAGAAACUAUACUCUUAUAAUCACCCUAAUAAUUUUAAGUCAAAUCAAGCCAGAGAAUACAAAGAACCUACUUAUGAAGAUGUAUAUAAUUCCAAUGAGGAUAUUGAUCAUGAAGAAGGAACUCCACAUAAAUCCCAAGUAGUGCAAAACACAGCUACAAAGAGACAUGAUUCAGUUACAAAAUCAAUAGGUAGAAGUAGCGAGGAAAUCAAGAAGGGUGAGGGCAUGAAAUCCAGUGGAUCUCGAAAAAAUCUCUUCAAAGGAGGCCAAAGCUGUGAUUCUUUUGCAACCAGUAAUGAUGAUAAGAGCCAAAGCUUACAGAAAAUGUCAAGGAAUAGUGCUACUAACGUGAAAUCUCUGCUAAAAUCAAAGAAAAAUAUCCUUAAUGAUCUUCCAUUUAACUGAAUGCAGAUGGUGUGAUAUCACUUGAAUAUAAAUUCUAUGUGAAAGUUGGCUUGUACAAACAAGAAAAUGCUGGAAAAAGUUAAAGAACAGAGCGAUAUUUGGAAUAUCAAGACAUCUUCAUAA